AAUCGAGAAUUACAGAAAGUGAAAUAGUAAUUGCAGAAAACUCCAGAUUAACAAUAAAAGUUUAUGAAUUAGAACAAAGAAUACACGCUUUAAAUCUCGAUAAAGACGAAAUAAUUUGUGAUAAUACACAUUUAAGAAAUAGAGUUAAAGAACUUGUAACUGAAAAGGAUCUACUUGAAACAGAUAAUAAUCAGAUUUGUGCAGCAAAUGAGAAUCUAACGCAAUUGAAUACCGCAUUAAGAAUUGUUUUGAGAGACUGUGAAGACAAAAAAGAUUAUUAUAAAGCUGCAAAUAUCAAAGAAUUUGAAGAUUUUAUUUCAAAUUAUAUUUUUAGUUUAUUUAAUAAUAUUGGAACAUUGUUUCGAUUCAAUAAUUAA